GAGAUGAGCAGCAUGAGGCCUGGGAACCAGAGCAGCCUGUCCGAGUUCAUCCUCCUGGGGAUCCCCAUCCCUCCAGGGCAGCAGGGCCUGUUCUUUGCCCUGUUCCUGGGCAUGUACCUGACCACAGUGCUGGGCAACCUGCUCAUCAUUCUGCUCAUCAGGCUUGACUCCCGCCUGCACACACCCAUGUACUUCUUCCUUAGCCACUUGGCCUUCUCUGACAUUUGUCUGUCAUGUGUCACUGUUCCUAAGAUGCUAAUGAAUAUGUACACACAGCAACAAUCCAUUCCCUAUGUGGGAUGCAUUUCUCAGUUGUAUUUUUUCAUAAUUUUUGCUACUCUUGACAAUUUCCCCGCGAUGAUGGCAUAUGACAGGUACAUGGCCAUCUGUCACCCUCUACACUAUAACACCAUCAUGAGGGAGGAGUUGUGUGUGCUGCUGGUGGCUGCCUCAUGGGUUACUGCAUGUGCUCAUGCACUGUUGCACACUGUCCUCUUGGUCCGACUGUCCUUCUGUGCUGACACUGUCAUUACCCACUUCUUCUGUGACCUCACUGUGCUCCUGAAGGUCAGCUGCUCAGACAUCUACCUCAAUGAGCUAGUCGUCUUAACUGAGGGAGGAAUGUUUAUAUUCUUGCCUCUAGCUAUUAUUCUGGGUUCAUAUAUCCAUAUAGGGACUAUUAUCAUGAAGGCUCCCUCCACUAAGAGACUGUUGAAAGCUUUUUCUACCUGUGGCUCCCAUCUCUUUGUGGUGUCUUUAUUCUAUGGGACACUUGCUGUUGUUUACCUUUUCUCCUCCUCAUGGGAUUCCAAAGACAUCAUUGCUUCAGUCAUGUAUACGGUAGUCAUCCCAAUGCUGAACCCGUUCAUCUAUAGCCUGAGGAACAGAGAUGUAAAGCAGGCCUUAGAAUAUUUGUCAACCAGGUUAAAGAAGUUAAUAUGUCAAUGA